AUGGAAAACAAGAAGAAACGCCAAGAUAUAGCAGUGAUGCAGAGAGAGAGAGGGAGAGAGAGAGAGUUCUGCGAUCAAGUGAAACGUUUUGAGGGUUUCAUCCUCGAGAAUGAGGCCAAAGAGGAACGCACUGAUGAAAAAUUCUUCGAAGAACUGAAACUGAAAGAAGAAGAUGUGAAGGAAUUCGAAAAGCUGAAACAACAAUACACAGAAAUUAUACCCAAACUUGGGGACAUGGAAGAGAAGGUGGACAAAUAUAGCAUCUGUGAAUCUUACCUCCUGCAAAUUGCCAGCCUACUGCCACCAGACUAUAUUAAAAUGGCAGAUGACGCCCCUAUGGGAAUUAUAAUGAGGUAUAACACUCUCGCCGAUACCUACAGGUCUCUUUUAGAUGAGAUGAAAGCAAAAUCUGCUCAAAUUCGAGAUCUCAAUUCUCAGCUACAGUCUCUACGCGAAGAGCACGCCAAUCGGGUCUUGACUGUCAAUUCCAGAUUGGCCGACCUUUACAAAGAGCAUGCGAUAAAUGAUGAAAUUGUUCAACAGAGCAACCAAAAUUUCUACCAGGAUAUCAAGCAAAUACGAAACGGGAUGGAAUUAUUCGGAACAGUGAUCCGGUCAAUCUACAAUCUUGUGGGCAAAUGUAGAUGGCCAUAUACAUGGAAUUCAAAGGAAGAGGAUACGUUAAGCGUGAAGCUAAAUCGAAUAGAGGAAUAUAUUAAUACAAUGAGAAUGAUUCUUGCAGAAUUGAACGAAAAUGAGGACGAAUGGGGGAUCAAAAACCCCACUCCAUUCACCACAACAGACAAAGAAGUGGAUGUUACUAGACAAUGA